UUGAAAUCGCUUGUAUAAAACUCGAUUAGAGCAGUGUUAGCCCAGACGACGUCUCUGCACCGUACCGAACGUUGUUCUCUGGUGGGUUUGUCCGCGUCUCAACAUGUUCUUCAUCCACCUCACGCAAUUCACCCUCUACUUGGUCGCUUUCGUGGCGAUCGCGACCCUCUUCGCAAUCGCCGAGUGCUUCCGAACCCGCAAAGACGAUCUCCGACCCCCCGAGCCCAUGAAACUGCCCAUCAUCGGCCACUUGCACCUCAUGGCCGGCUACCAGGUGCCCUACCAAGCCUUCGACGCCCUGGCGAAGAAGUUCGGCUCGGUGUUUAGGUUGCAAUUGGGCUGCGUUAAGUGCGUUGUGAUCAACGGCCAGAAGAACAUCCGGGAGGCGUUGGUGACGAAGGGACACCACUUCGACUCGAGGCCCAACUUCGAGAGGUACCGCCAGCUGUUCUGCGGGGACAAGGAGAACUCUUUGGCUUUCUGCAACUGGUCCAACACACAGAAGGUGAGGCGGGACAUGCUCAAGGCCUACACAUUCCCGAGGGCCUUCACCAACAGGUACUACUCUCUGGAGGAACUCAUUAGUUUGGGUGCGCAGUCGAUCGUGGAAUCGUGCUCUGGGGAAGCCCUCACCAAGGGGGUCAUCUCCAGGAGCUGCGCUAACAUCUUCACUAGACACUUCUGCUCGAGAAACUUCGGCCUAAACGACGCGGACUUCGUGGAAAUGGUGGACAACUACGACGACAUCUUCUACGAGGUGAACCAAGGCUACGCUGCGGAUUUUCUUCCGUUCUUGAUGCCUCUCCACGACAGGAAUCUGAAGAGGGUCAACCGACUCACGCACAAAAUCCGGGAUUUCGUUCUGACUAGAAUCAUCGAAAGCCGGUUCGAGGAGUCGGACCCCACUUCGGAGCCCGACGAUUACGUUGAUAGUCUCAUCAAGUACGUGAAGAGCGAGGAGACGGACCUGACUUGGGACUCGGCGCUUUUUGCUCUGGAAGACAUCAUCGGGGGCCACUCGGCCGUGGCUAACUUCCUAGUCAAACUCCUGGCGUUCCUGGCCAAGGAGCCCCAAGUCCAGCUCACAAUCCAGGAGGAAAUCGACCGCGUUCUGGGGUCCAAAGAACUCACCAUCUCCGACCGCACUCUGCUUCCGUACACGGAAGCCACCAUUUUCGAGGCCAUUCGAUUGAUCGCUUCUCCCAUCGUCCCCAGGGUGGCAAACCGAGACAGCUUCAUCAACGGUUAUCACGUCGAGGAGGGUACGGUGAUCUUCUUGAACAACUACGACCUCAGCAUGUCCGAAGAGCUUUGGGACGAACCCGAGAAGUUUAAACCGGAGAGAUUCAUCAGAGAAGAGCGUUUCUACAAACCGGAUCACUUCCUGCCGUUCGGUGGAGGCAGGAGGAGUUGUAUGGGUUACAAAAUGGUACAGUUAGUUAGUUUCGGGAUUUUGGGAGGACUGAUGCAGAAGUAUACGGUGCUGACGGAUCGUCCGAAUUAUACAGUUCCUGUAGGAUCUCUAGCUUUGCCUAAAGAUACCUUUAGUUUUAGAUGCGUUAGAAGAUAAUGAAGAUCGUUCGAAGCUCAAACCGGAAGUAUUUCAAAAAAGAUAGAUGUACAA